AUGAUGUUCCCUGGCCUCCUCGCGCCCCCCGCCGGGUACCCGAGCCUCUUGCGCCCCACGCCCACCUUAACGCUGCCCCAGUCCCUGCAGUCGGCAUUUUCCGGCCACUCGAGCUUCCUGGUGGAAGAUCUGAUCCGCAUCAGCCGGCCUCCGGCUUACCUGCCCCGCAGCUUACCCACGGCCAGCAUGUCGCCCCCUAGGCAGGGGGCCCCCGCGACUCUCACAGACACCGGGACCUCGGACCUGGGCUCCCCGGGUCCAGGCAGCCGACCGGACGGUUCACCUCAGACGGCCGCCGCCCCUGCCAGCGAGCCAACGUUUCUGAAGUUUGGGGUUAACGCCAUCCUCUCCUCUGCUCCCAGAACCGAAACAUCCCCUGCCUUACUCCAGAGCGUCCCUCCCAAGACCUUCGCCUUUCCCUACUUUGAAGGCUCCUUCCAGCCUUUCAUCAGAUCUUCUUAUUUCCCAGCGUCCUCGAGCGUCGUGCCCAUCCCGGGGACCUUCUCCUGGCCGCUUGCUGCCCGCGGCAAGCCUCGCCGAGGCAUGCUGCGACGAGCCGUGUUCUCCGACGUGCAGCGCAAGGCGCUGGAGAAGAUGUUCCAGAAGCAGAAGUACAUCAGCAAGCCCGACCGCAAGAAGCUGGCGGCCAAGUUGGGCUUGAAAGACUCACAAGUGAAAAUCUGGUUCCAGAACCGACGCAUGAAGUGGCGGAACUCCAAGGAGCGCGAGCUUCUGUCUAGCGGGGGCUGCCGAGAGCAGACCCUUCCCACGAAACUCAAUCCGCACCCGGACCUCAGCGACGUGGGCCAGAAGGGCCCAGGGGAUGACGAGGAGGAAGACGACGGCCCGGGCAGCCCCCGCCACCGCCUGGUCUAUCACGCGUCCCCCGACCCUCGGCACCUGCGGGACCCGCGGCUGGAAGGGCCGCUGCCUGCCUCACCGGCUCACUCCAGCAGCCCCGGCAAGCCUUCGGACUUCUCCGACUCCGAGGACGAUGAGGAGGGCGAAGAGGAGGAGAUCACCGUGUCUUAGAAGCCCUCCCGUGCCCUGCGUACUGUUUCAAAGUACUUUGAAAUUGAAGAGGUGUGAUUCAGUCUGCUUGUCCGCUUAGUCCCCGCUGUCCAGACGCUGCCGCUUCCCUUUGCAGAACCUCAGCCUGGUCAAGGGCGCCGCAGCCCCUUCCAUUGCCCAAAAUGGCGUUUCCUUGCCCCACACACC